AAAGGCCGCAGGGAUGCAUCAAUGGUAUAAAAGGCUCGUGACUUUCCCUGUUCAAGCAUCACUUGUUUCCCGAACGAACAAAAAUGAACUCACUAGCUGUCAUCUGCGGUCUUGCUCUCUUCGCUGUCGUCUUGGCCACUCCGUUUGGAGAGCGCGUGCGACGACAAGCCACGAUCGAGGAGAAAUUGGGAUUACCUAGCAACGCGACGGCCAUCCGCAACAACAUCGUCGACACAUUCUCUUGCGACAACAAGGUCUACGGCUACUACGCUGAUGUCGACAACGAGUGCCAACUCUUCCACAUCUGCUACCCGGUCGAAUUGGCUGAUGGCUCCAAACGGACUUUCAAGUGGAGCUUCAUCUGCCCCGAGGAAACCAUUUUCAACCAGGAAAGUAUGACUUGCACUUUCCCCACCGAUGCCAUCCCCUGUUCCGAGGCUGCUUCUUUCUACAACCUCAACGAUAACUUUGGCGUCAUCCCUUCAUCCACCGUCAAGGCUUAAACAAUCUCGAAAAA